AUGGCGGCGAACGCUACUACGAACCCGUCGCAGCUGCUGCCUCUAGAGCUUGUGGACAAAUGUAUAGGAUCAAGAAUUCACAUUGUGAUGAAGAGUGACAAGGAAAUUGUUGGGACCCUUCUAGGUUUCGAUGACUUUGUUAAUAUGGUAUUGGAAGAUGUCACUGAAUUGUAA